ACAGGGACACUAUUCAAUCCAUAAAAUCCUGUUGUGUGUCCUCACACCUCCACUCCCCUUUCCAUUCUCACUCUCUCUCUUGAGCUUCUCCUCCAUUUCUCCUCCUCCUCCUCCUCCUCCUCCUCCACGUCGUUCAGCUAUGGCUGAAGCCUGAGGACUAUUACAAUCUGCAGUCCCUUGUCUCUUUGUUCUUCAGCUCUCUGUAUCUGCUUGUAUUAAUCUCAAGAUGAGUUCAGUGAAUUUGGGUUCAUGGGUUCAUACCUCCUCUGUCUUAAACCAAGCUACCAGAUCCAGAUCCAGAUCCAAAUCCUUCUCUUUACCUUUCAAUCCUCUUAAAAGUUUAGCGAUUCCCUUUGUUUAUAGAAAAUCAGAGCGACCCAUUUCCUCUGUAUCUGCAAUUAUCACCAAGGAAGAAGAAACUCUUCAAGAAGAGCAGAAUAAUUCAACACCCUCUUUUGAUUUUAAAUCCUACAUGCUCCAGAAAGCUAAUUCCAUCAACCAAGCUCUAGAAGCUGCCGUUUCUCUCCGAGAACCCGCUAAAAUUCACGAGUCUAUGCGGUAUUCUCUCUUGGCCGGCGGUAAGAGGGUGCGACCGGCCCUCUGCCUCGCUGCGUGUGAGCUUGUUGGUGGGAAUGAUUCCAUGGCGAUGCCUGCUGCAUGCGCUGUGGAAAUGAUUCAUACUAUGUCUCUCAUCCAUGAUGACCUCCCUUGUAUGGACAACGACGAUCUCCGCCGGGGCAAGCCCACCAAUCAUAUCGUGUUUGGAGAGGACGUGGCGGUUCUUGCCGGUGAUGCACUCCUAGCAUUCGCUUUCGAACACAUCGCUGUUUCUACUUUAAAUGUUUCUCCUGCUAGAAUUGUUCGGGCAGUUGGGGAAUUAGCGAAGGCGAUUGGUGCAGAAGGGUUGGUUGCCGGCCAAGUAGUUGAUAUAAGUUCUGAGGGCUUAUCUGAGGUGGGUUUAGAAAAGCUUGAAUUUAUUCAUGUCCACAAGACCGCCAAGUUGCUAGAGGGGGCUGUGGUGCUUGGGGCUAUAUUGGGUGGAGGAACCGAUGAGGAAGUUGAAAAGUUGAGGAAAUACGCAAGGGGAAUUGGGUUGUUGUUUCAAGUGGUUGACGAUAUUCUCGAUGUGACUAAAUCAUCUCAAGAACUGGGGAAAACUGCGGGCAAGGACUUGGUGGCAGACAAGGUUACAUAUCCCAAGCUUUUGGGGAUUGAGAAGUCGAAAGAAUUUGCAGAGAAGCUGAACAAGGAAGCUCAGGAGCAGCUGGCUGAAUUUGAUCCUGAAAAGGCAGCUCCAUUGAUUGCUUUGGCUAAUUACAUAGCUUACAGGCAAAACUAAAGCAUUCUAUGAUCAAUUGUUUGUUUUAUAUAUUUAAAUGAUAAAAUUUGGUCCUCUCUAUAUUGUUUAAACAAAGCUUAGCUCUGUACCAAAUCUAGCAAAUGCAAUUCAAUAGCAAUUGGUCUAGUUAUUUUA